CCCGCUGGGUGUUGGCAGACACUCCCCGUGCCUGCCCCUGGCUGCGGCUCCAGGCCAGUGCGUGUGAGGAGCAGGGGCCCCGCGCGGUGUGUGUGUGUCAGGAGCUGGGGCCCCGCCAUGGCCGCGGAUGACGAGGAGUACGAGCGGCUGCUGCUGGACUCGGGGUCGGAAUGGCUGCGGUCCGAGGUGAGGCGGCUGCUGCGAGAGCUCAGUGAGACCACUCGGGAGAAGAUCCAGGCGGCCGAGUACGGGCUGGCGGUGCUGGAGGAGAAGCAGCAGCUGCAGCAGCACUACGAUGAGCUGGAGCUGGAGCACGACACGGUGCGGCACGAGCUGGAGCAGCUCAGGGAGGCUUUCGGACAAGCGCACAGCAACCACAAGAAAGUCGCGGCAGACGGGGAGAGCCGAGAAGAAACGCUGAUCCAGGAGUCGGCUACGAAAGAGGAAUAUUACAUGAGGAAGGUCCUGGAGCUGCAGACGGAGCUCAAACAGUCGCGCAACGUCGUGGCCAAUACCCUGUCUGAGAACGAACGUCUGACCUCCGUCACCCAGGAGCUGAAAGAGCUUAACCAGAAUGUGGAAGCUCAGAGGUCGCGCCUGCGCGAUGACAUCAAGGAGUACAAAUUCCGCGAAGCCCGACUCCUGCAGGACUACACCGAACUCGAGGAGGAGAACAUCUCCCUCCAGAAGCAAGUGUCCGUCCUCAAGCAAAACCAGGUGGAGUUUGAGGGUCUUAAACAUGAGAUCAAAAGGCUGGAGGAGGAAACCGAAUUCCUGAAUAGCCAAUUGGAAGACGCCAUACGGUUAAAGGAGAUAUCCGAGCGCCAGCUGGAGGAAGCGCUGGAGACGCUAAAAACCGAGCGGGAGCAGAAAAACAACCUGCGGAAGGAGCUGUCCCAUUACAUGAACGUAAACGACAGCCUGUACAGCAACCACCUGAACUUCUCGCUGGACGGCCUCAAAUUCAGCGACGAGAUCACCGAGCCCAACAACGAUGACGUCGUCAACGGAUUCGAGCAAAACGGCAUCGUUAAGAUAAACGGUGACAACAGAAUGUCCACCCCCAAGAAAAAUGACCCGGCGCCGAGUCUGGUCUCUGAUCUUCUGAGUGAGCUGAACAUCUCGGAAAUACAGAAAUUAAAACAGCAGCUGGUGCAGAUGGAGAGAGAGAAGGUCAGCUUGCUGUCUACGCUUCAGGAGUCCCAGAAGCAGUUGGAGAACACCAAAGGCGCCCUCUCGGAGCAGCACGACAAGGUGAGCAGACUCACGGAGAACUUAGACGCCAUGAAAAAACUCCAGGCCACCAAGGAACGCCAGUCUGCGCUCGACAACGAGAAGGAGAGAGACAGCCACGAAGACGGGGAUUAUUACGAGGUCGACAUCAACGGAGCGGAGAUUCUGGAGUGCAAGUACAAGGUGGCGGUGUCUGAGAUCCACGAUCUAAAGGAGGAGCUGAAAGGCAUCAAGGCCAAAUACGACGAAUGCGAGAGAAAAUACGGAGAGGAGAAGAGCCGGUAUGAGAGCGAAACGCGCGCCAUGGCCGACAAGAUUUCCACGUUGGAAAAGUCGACGCGUCUGGACAGAGAUCAGGUCGUGAAACUGGAGAAAGAAUUGAAGAAAGUGUCCGACGUGGCCGGAGAAAGCCAAGGCAGUCUGACGGUCGCGCAAGAUGAGCUGGUUACCUUUAGUGAGGAGUUGGCCAACCUGUACCACCACGUGUGUAUGUGCAACAACGAGACCCCCAACAGGGUCAUGCUGGAUUAUUACAAGGAGGGCAAAGGUGGCAGAAACAGCCCUGAAGGGAAGGGUCGUCGGUCUCCUAUUUUGCUUUCAAAGGGUCUUUUGAGCCCAGAGAACGGUCCAAGUGACUCCGGAUCCCCAGUGUCUCCAGUACCGUCUCCGGUUUCUGACCCAAGAAGGGAACCCAUGAAUAUUUACAAUCUCAUCGCCAUAAUCCGUGAUCAAAUCAAACAUUUACAAGCGGCCGUGGACAGGAACACGGAGCUGUCGCGGCAGCAGGUGGCCAGCCAGGAGCUCGGGCCGGCGGUGGACAAAGACAAGGAGGUCCUCAUGGAGGAAAUCCUGAAGCUGAAAUCUCUACUGAGCACCAAGCGGGAGCAGAUCGCCACGUUACGCACCGUGCUGAAAGCCAACAAACAAACGGCGGAAGUUGCGCUCGCCAACCUGAAGAGCAAGUAUGAGAACGAGAAGACGAUGGUCACGGAAACCAUGAUGAAGCUGCGCAAUGAGCUGAAAGCGCUAAAGGAGGACGCGGCCACCUUCUCGUCUCUGCGAGCCAUGUUUGCGACCAGGUGCGAUGAGUACGUGACCCAGCUGGACGAGAUGCAGAGGCAGCUGGCGGCCGCCGAGGACGAGAAGAAGACUUUAAACUCGCUGCUGCGCAUGGCCAUCCAGCAGAAGCUGGCUCUGACCCAGCGCUUGGAGCAUCUGGAACUCGACCACGAGGCCAAAAGGGUCCGCACAAAAUCUGCCUCCAAGCCCAAGAGCAGUAACCCCAGUGUAAGUCAAAUCCGCUCCUGCGCGGACAGGUCCGAGGCGUCUGUCCUCAACAACCAGGUUUACUGCAGCGAAAAGUACAAGAUCUGCUGUGAUUAGCCGAGGCGGGUCGCAAACACUCUGUUCUUUAUGCUUUGGGUAACCGCAUGAAGCCCGCUGUCUGCACUGUCGCAUUAACUGUCAUAACGUGUAAAGAGGUGACCGCCGGGCUUGGCUGCCGCUAACAAACACGCAUGGAGCAUGGAGGACCGGGAUCUGCUGACUAACACGUCUCCGCUGCGUCUCAUCAUAUCUGUUCCGCAGAACGGGAAAGAGCGCAGCAAUGAGCUUCUCGUGUGGCUCGCGGCGUAGGCUGCCGGGGGGAUUUAUAAUUCCUCCUCCUGGAAGCAGCGGAAGGUGUAGUGAUGGAGGUGAGCGAUGUGUCCGUCCGGGGCUGGUUCUCCCUGCAGGCGUUUAGAAGACGUGUCCCUUGUUGCACUGCAUGGUUUGCUCUUUCCGUUUAGUAAAGCACAACGCGGACCCUCAGAUUAGGGCCACAUCCUUUCCUAUAUCCCACGUUAUUAAUAAGCCGUGUCUGUUGGCUCGUAGUCGGCUAGGAGUUGGCCGCGUAUGUUCCGGCCACUAAACGGUGGGUGACGGCCGGACCCGGAUCAGCAAGGCGUCACCGGCUUGUCUGACGCAACGAUGAUCAGUAUUUCCGUGUGUCGCUUUAAUUGGGGAAUGCACAUCUGGUGUCUCCUC